AUGAUUAGUCCAAUACAUCAUUUAGCCAUUUUGUUUCUCAAUAAUUUACUCAGUGUCCAUUUACAGAGUUAUUCGUGUCCACAUCGACAUGUUUCCGUUAUAAAUGCAUUUCAACAAAACAAUUUAAUCCAAGAUUUGGGUAUAAAUGGGACAACUCAACAAUUAGAGUUCAUUCCGAUGACUUAUAUUGGCCGUAGGCAAGUUAAUUGUGGAACUAAUUUCUCCAAUCUCGAUACAUUGAUGGAACCAGAAAUCAAAUACAAUUUCCACCGCGAGAGAAACGGUGAUGAUAAUAUAAUGUUCACCUUUAUAAUGCUCGAUCCUGAUACUCUGACUCCACAGUUUCCAGUCCAAAGGCCAGUCAAUCAUUGGCUAGUUGUAAAUAUUGGUGACGAUGUGAAUAGUGGGACCACUUUGUCCACAUACGCAGUUCCAUUUCCAUCGCCGUUAUUUGGACCCCAUAGAUACGCUUUCUUGAUCUAUCGCCAAUCCAGGCCAGUGCCUCCUUCGCCAAACUAUGAGACACUAGCCGAGCGAUCAAACUUUCAGAUCACUGCUUUUGCCGAAGCAAAUGGAAUGACCGGACCGAUCGCAGGUAAUUUCUUCUACGAAGCCAUUCCAGGUUAUUACAGUUCGAAAGGAUAACUAAAUAGUUCUAAUUGUAAACGAAAAUGGUUAAUAAAUUAAUUCGUCUGAUCAACUAACUUUUUCCCGCGAAAUUGAGGACA